GGCAACUUCAGCUUGAGCAGAGAAAAAGAAGAAAAAAAAGAGCGCUCAAAUCCUAAUACAAUUAUUUGGCAAUGGGAAGGAUGUAGUCCAGAUUUCAAAAUGUCCCUAAAAUGGGAAACAGGAUUACCUCUGCUUUAGAAACAGCAUGGACUUUUCAAAUACCAUUAGUGGGAACUAAUCGGGUUUUGACAAUGAGAGCAUGGGAGAUCUAAAAGCACACAUCAACGAAAAGCACUCAGAGAGAGUGACUGAGAUGCGUUGUCUGGGCUAGAGUAUCUGAGGGACUGAUUCGCAGUCUGUUGGAGAGCAGUUCUAAAUGAGCCUGUGUGUGUUAUUGGAUCUGUUUGAAGAGGAAUAAGGAUUUAAUAGGAUGUCAACAGAGACGGAACUCCAGCCAGCUGUUAAAACCAGCACGAGGAAGGAGUCCAAGAAGAAAGGUCAGGAUCGGAGCGAGACAGGUCUGAUCAAGCGCUUUAAGGGGGAUGGUAUUCGGUACAAGGCUAAGCUGAUCGGGCUUGAUGAAGUUACAGCAGCAAGAGGAGACAAGUUAUGCCAAGAUUCAAUGAUGAAGCUCAAGGGACUUGCUGCAGCAGCCCGUUCAAAGGGAGAACACAAGCAGAAAAUCUUUUUAACGGUCUCCUUCGGGGGGAUCAAAAUCUUUGAUGAAAAGACGGGGGUCCUUCAGCAUCACCAUUCAGUCCAUGAAAUAUCGUACAUAGCCAAGGACAUCACGGAUCAUAGAGCCUUUGGCUAUGUCUGCGGAAAGGAAGGGAAUCAUCGGUUUGUGGCAAUAAAGACUGCACAGUCUGCCGAGCCGGUAAUACUUGAUCUGAGAGAUCUCUUCCAACUCAUCUAUGAGCUCAAGCAGAGGGAAGAGAUGGAGAAGAAAGCACAGAAGGAUAAACAGUGUGAGCAAGCAGUGUACCAGACCAUUUUGGAGGACGAUGUGGAGGAUCCUGUGUACCAGUACAUUGUGUUUGAGGCUGGACAUGAACCAAUCCGUGAACCAGAAUCAGAGGAGAGCAUUUAUCAGGUCCCCAAAAGUCAGCAGAAGGAAGGGGUCUAUGAUGUUCCAAAGCGGCAAACAGUGAGUAAUAUCAGCCAGUUACAGCUGUUUGGUGACAUGUCGACUCCUCCUGACAUCACCUCACCUUCAACCCCAGCAUCCCCUGCAAACACGCUUGACCCAGGUGUAUUGCACCAGCACCCCUCAGAAAUGUUCGGACCAUUCAACCCUGCUGCUCUACCCUCAGGUUAUGUCACGAUGGGAGCCGUUCAGCCCGCACUCUGGGGGCAGCCAGUGUUUGGAGCCCAGCAACCCAUGGCCUUUGGAGCCCAGAAUCCAGUUCCUCAGGUGAUAGGGGCCCAGCCAAUGAUAUGGGGCCAACCCAAUCUUUUCCCUGCUACUCAGCAGCAAUGGGCUGCCAUGGCAGGCGCAUUCCCACCCACUGCCUUUAUGCCAACGCAAACUGUUGCACCCUUGCACGCGGCAAUGUUCCAGAGCAUGCCUGUGCCUGUACCGGCCGUGCCCCCUACCUGUGACUCUGCUGUGUCCAGCCCCCAGGGGGACAGGUCGAAACAGAAGAUGUCCAAGGAGAUGUUCAAGGAUUUCCAGAUGGUCCAGCCCCCACCCGUCCCAUCGCGGAAGGACGAGCAGCCCAUCCUGGCCUGUACCUCAGAAGCCUUCUCCAACUAUUUCAGCCAGGUGGGGAUGGCACAGGACACUGACGACUGCGAUGAUUUUGACAUCUCCCAGAUGAACCUGACCCCAGCGACCUCCACCACACCAUCAACGAACUCGCCCCCAACCCCUGCCCCGAGGCAAAGUUCUCCAUCCAAAUCCUCAGCCUCGCAUGCCAGCGACCCGCCAAUGGAUGACUCCUUCGGGGAGGUCGAGGAGAGCCCUAGCCAGAGCGAACAGGAAGACGCUGCCGGUGGAUCUCAGGCCUCCUCUAACAGUGAUCCACCUGCAGAGCCCUCUGGUGAUAGCCUCAGCCCUCAGGUCGGUAGCUAGAGAGCACAGGUCAGGGAGAAAGAUCCUCUCUAUGCCCAGAUUAACAAAUUGAAGAAAUAAGUAUUGUGGAAUAGCCAGCUCGCUAGUGCUCUACAAGACCUUCCCUGCCAGAUUUUUGGAUUUUAAGGCUCCGUCACUCUGUAUUCUGCAAUGCUGAUGCAGAUGGAUUUGCUUCUCUGGAUUGGUUUUCUCAAUGCAGCCACCAGUUCAAAAGAACUUGCCAACUGCUGCAUAAAUAUAAUUAAGGCACGGGGGGGAGCCAGACAGCACUGUUUUGUGUUACUCAAAUGAUUCCCUUUUUUAGAAGAAACAAAAAUGAGUUGUCAUUUGUUGUCACAUUUUGAGCAUCAUUCACGAUGGGCAGUUAUCUUUGCUGAAGACUAAUUACUGCAGUGUCUAUGUUCAAAUACAUGGGGAAUGGAUACAUGGGCAGAAAAUAAGAAAGAAAUCCAUCACUUUAGACUACAAAUCAUUGUAUCACAAUAUCACUAUCAAGGCGGAAUAUUCAUCAUAAAUGAAAGUUGUAUUUUUUUUUUAAAUUGAAACACAAUUCGAGCGUGAACUGCCAUUGGAGUGAAAAUGAAAUGUCUCCUGGUUCAAGUGGAAUAAGAUAUUACAUGCAUUAUUCGGAUGACCCUGUUCCACUUUUAGAGAAAUGCUCAAUGUGCUAUUUUAAUGAAGAAAUGCUAAUUCUUUUUUUUUUUUUUGGGUUUGAUUUUCUGCUGCUUGAGUGCUACGCAGAAAAGACUUAAUCUGUGCAGCCCUUAUUGGAAGACACAAUGAAUAAUUUGCCAAAUAACUCUUAAUUCAGAGAUUGAAGGGAGACGAGUUAUCUUUGCAACUAGACAAUGAGGCAUGGAUUUUGCUACGAUUUUAUGAUUGAACUGUUCCUUCUCUAUAGCUUUUGUACAAUACUAAUAAAAAUGAAAUUGAAAUGGAAUUUUUAUUUUAUAAGUCAAUUCUGCUGUUGGAGUCAACUCUCUGUGUGUUUUAGGGUAAAAUGGCUUUAAGGCAUCUGAACUUUGAUUUGCCAAAUUUAUUUUGUAAAUAUUAUUGUUUACAAGUCAUUCUCUCACCAGGACUCUUACACUGUAAAGCAGGCAGCACUAAAUGAUGCAACAUUAGCAGUGAUCAAAACCACAGCAUGAUCCUUAAGUGCUAAUAAUUAGGAGUGCCAAAUUAUCAAGAUGCUGUCAUGAUGCUGUCUUGCUGCUUACAGUAUGUUUUACCAAAAGGCUUUCUGUCCAUUUGAAGUACAAUACUGAGGCUAUGCAUGUACUGUGUGUCUGUCAAGCAUGUGAAUACAAGUUACAUUCAGUGAACCACACACAUCCUUAGAGAAAGUGCGAUACCAUCAGCGCUCACCUACUGCUGAAACACAGCGUAUAGAAAGAACAAGUUAAUUUACGAGAUCAGGAAGUAUGUACAUGUGCAAGGCCAGAUAAGAUGUUUUACAGUCAGAGGACUGGCAUUAGGACCCACAGAGAACCUGGGGACCUGAAGUCCAUACCUCUCAAUGAACUGUCAAACCCUGAAAAGCCAAUAUCUUAAUUUAGCUGUCGUGGAUUAGAAACACCUUUUCCCAAAGAAGAUAAGAAAUUUCUAAAACACACUCACAUGCAUUUUGACUAGGAAUGGUCAAAAAGUGAAUUUUAGAGACAGCUGAUUCUUAUGUGGGAGAUGGUCAGGGUGCUGAGUAGAUCAGUGCUUGUAAUCGUUGCCACCUUACUGCCAUGAUCUCGCUGGGGGUUCAUUAAAGCAUUCCAUGGUGAACUACAAUGCAUUCCCCCAGAUCGCCACCAGGGACUGCGGAAUAGUGUUUUAUGUGUGAGAAAUGCAGGGACCUACACAGUUGCUGCUGGACUUUUGAAAUAGUCCGUAUAUAGGGAUUCAACAGAGCGGUCACUGCAGAUUGCUAGUCCUUCAAUACAGGAUUUUCUGUGUUUCUCUCCUAAUUCCUCAGAGGUACUCAGCGAUGCCGUGGCUAGUAAUAGGAAAGCAGCGAGUAAAUCUCUGUGCUUGUUGAUGGUAUGCCAUUAUCAGUUUCUGCUAAUGAACGGCUUCAUUAAUGCUGAGCAGCCAUCCAUAUUUCAUUACGGGUGUCCCAAGUCGCUGUAUUUACGGGAUUGAUUUGAAUAGAAAUACACAUGACCGCCCAUAAAACUGUGGACCAUCAUGCUUUCCAUCUUUCAGUCUCAUUGUUUAUUUAUUGGUGUGUUUUAGCAGGAGUGUUUUACUCGUCAUCUCAAGCCUCUGCUGCAUCACCCCGGCAGGCUAGAAAGCAUUCAUUAAAUUAACUUGCCGAGCAUGGCGAGGGACUGGAAAGAAUUUCAAAAUGCAAGGCAAGGCUGGAGUUCCUUGGUUGAAAAUACAGACUGUGCUGCAUUUUAUGAUGCAGUUUGGAUUAAAUAAAUUGGAGAAACAAAUGAAAGCAACACUUGCUGGGAAGCACAUUUGGAAUCUGUGAUCACCCUGAGGGCAAGUAAUAACGCGUUUAGUGCAAUAAUGAUCAUUUUAAUUGCUGCUAAUUUGUUUUGAAGCCAAGAUGCAACAGUCUUAAACAGUAUAACUCUUAUGAUGAAGACUGUGAGUAUAUUUCACUGUGCAUAAAUCAUACCCCUCUGUUCAAGGUCUUUCCAUAGCACUCGGAGCAUUGCUUGUAUCAUAAUGCAGUAUAUUCAUGUGCUGCUGCAGUAGAUCUAUCCUGUAAGGGACAAUACCCAGUCACAGCUGCUUCUGUUUGUUCAUGGUCCAUAGCACUGGCUGCUCAGGUGACUUGGUCAAUUUUGUUUGUGAAAUUACCAGGGCAGAGUAACAGCCUUUGUAGUCAUUGGGCCAGUUCUCUGCAGCCAGAAGGCUGUGCUCGGGUUUCAAGUACAGUAGAUACAGUGUGAUUCUUUGGGAAGGCAAUCCUAUGAUACCUGGCAGCGCAGGGCUCUCUGAUUGGCUAGGAGGCACCAAACAGGUACUAGCCAGAGCAGUUCCAACUCUUCAUCUGCAAGUCACAUGCCUCAUCCUGUAACUUAAUCCCAACAUUCAAGUCAGAUUGCAAAAUUGUUAAUCAAUAUUCUACAGGAUUUAGUACAACCAAUUUUAAAUAGUCAACAGAUUUUUAAAAUAUAUUAUAAUUUUUAUAUUAAUCCGACUUUUAAAACAAAUUGAGCAGUAUAAAUAGGUCAUUAUUCUGCUGUUCCUGUUACCAAAAUGCAAGUCUGCCACCCCUAUACAAAACUUGAGUGCAGUAUCACUACAAUAAAAUAGCGGAUGCCAGAUUUUACACACAAUAUGGUACUUUGAAAUCCAGUAAAAGUGCUGUGUAAUAAACUAGCACUGUGUAAGAGAAUCAAGCUACAGAGUCCAAAUUAAUUUUGUAUAGCAGUACAGAUUAUAAUUUCAAAACGCUCAUGAACCUGGGAGAACGAACAGACAGACAGACAAAAAGACAGACAGACAGAAAGACAGGCAGACAGACAGACAGACAGACAGACAGUUGGUCCCCAGAGACAGGCUGUCAGUUGGUCCCCAGUUCUCAUAAAAAGAUACAUUUAGAAAGACAGACAGAGGGCUGUCCUACAGGAAGGUGAAUUUGUAAUGAUGUCAACUAUAGGAUCUUUUGGUAGGACUGUUUCUAAAAGGACAUGCUUUAGAUGGGAAAAUGAUGUUUUGUAGAGGUUUGUCUCCUUUUUCUAAUGCCCUUUUUGCAUAAUUUUUUUGCUCAUUGUUUUAUGGUGAGCGUUCUGUUUUAUUUCAUAUUAUGUUCGCGACUAAGAACAUUUAAAUGAGGGAAAGAAAUGAGGAACCUAACUGUUUGAGUACAUUUCUAGACCUAUUUUAACUUUACCUCAGCUAACAGUUUGUUAAUGUAAAAUGACACAUUAUUUUUAACUUUAUGAAUACUACAUUCUACCGUGAAUUUUUAAAAGAUGUUUUUUUUCUUUUGGUUUCUGUAAUCCACCAUGUAAUACUGUUAUAAAUAAACACACCCUAAAAGCAGUUCUGGAAGCAGAUUUGGUUAUUUGAGCA